AUGGGCACGAUGUUCAGGAGUGAGGAGAUGGUGCUGUGUCAGCUGUUCGUGCAGCCUGAAGCGGCAUACGUCUCAAUGUAUGAGCUCGGAGAGGCUGGGAUUGCACAGUUCAGAGAUUUAAACCCUCACGUGAACGACUUCCAGCGUCGGUAUGUCAGUGAAGUCCGGCGCUGUAGUGAGAUGGAGCGCAAGUUACGCUGGGUGGCUGGCGAGCUCCCUGAGCCACCUCCUCCUCCGAAACCUGAGCGCUGUAGUUUGAGCCCUCGAGAGAUCAACAUAUUGGAGGAAAGAAUCGACUUCAUAGAAUCAGAGAUACAGGAGAUAACAAGAAACGCAAGGAACUUGAAGAGUGACUAUUUAGCUCUAAUAGAACUGAGGACCUUGAUAGAGAAGAUGCAAACCUUCUUCCAAGAUCAUAGUGCACAACGGAAGAUAUCUGCGUCUGUACAAAUAUACAAUAAUGAUGCGGUGUUAGGACAUCUUGGCUUCAUAGCUGGAGUGGUGACCACGGCAAGGAUACCGGCCUUCGAAAAGAUGCUCUGGAGAAUAUCGCAUGGAAAUAUCUUCUUCAAACAGGCGCAAAUUGAUGAGCCUUUGAAGGAUCCUAUUACGGGUCACGCGCUUCAGAAGACAGUGUUCGUGGUCUUCUUCCACGGGGAGCAGAUCAAGCUUCGUGUAAAAAAGGUCUGCCAUGGCUUCAAGGCCACUCUGUACCCAUGCCCCGCAACAUACAAGGACCAACUGGACAUGUUAGCUGGAGUUGGGACCCGGAUCAAGGAUUUGGAAAUGGUCUUGGAGCAAACUGAGAACCAUCGUCGACUGGUCCUUACAAACAUUGCUCGUGACAUCAGCACCUGGAUGGUAGCUGUUCGUAAGGAGAAGGCCAUCUACCACACCUUGAACAUGUUCAGCAUGGACAUCGUUAAGAAGUGCCUUAUUGCUGAGUGUUGGGUACCGAGGAGAGACCUCACUGCUGUGCAGAAGGCGUUGGAGAAUGGAGUGAAAGCAAGUGGAAGUCCAAUCCCAUCGAUCUUGCACUACGUACCAACCAAUGAGACGCCACCGACAUUCAAUAGGACGAAUAAGUUCACACGAGGUUUCCAGAACCUCAUUGAUUCCUAUGGAAUCGCCAGCUACAGAGAAGUUAAUCCAGCUUUGUACACAAUCAUAACAUUCCCGUUCCUGUUCGCGGUGAUGUUCGGGGACGUCGGCCACGGGAUUAUCAUGACAGCCUUCGCAGCCAUCCUAGUCAUUUACGAGAAGAAAUUCUUAAAAACGAAGACAGACAACGAAAUAUGGAACAUUUUCUUCGGAGGACGAUAUAUUAUACUACUAAUGGGAAUAUUCUCCAUAUACACCGGCUUGAUAUACAAUGACAUGUUUUCGAAAUCUCUGAACAUAUUUGGGUCUAGUUGGCGGAAUGUGUAUGAAGAUGGAGUUCUCCGCAAUCAUACUAUGUUAGAGUUAGAUCCGAAGACAGCUUAUACACAGACUCCUUAUCCAUUUGGUUUGGACCCAGCGUGGCAGUUCGCCUCCAACAACAUAAUAUUCCUAAACUCAUUCAAGAUGAAACUGUCCAUAAUAUUCGGUGUGAUCCAUAUGGCGUUCGGUGUAACUAUGAGUGUGGUAAACUUCAACUUCUUCAGGAAGCCCGAGAUGAUAUUCUUACAGUACAUACCACAGAUACUGUUCCUACUGCUUUUGUUUUGGUAUCUUUGUUUGCUGAUGUUUAUGAAGUGGAUCAUGUAUUCGGCUGUUGCGGAAGAUCCAGCACUAGGCACAUCGUGUGCCCCUUCAGUCCUAAUCAUCUUCAUCAAUAUGAUGCUUAUGAAGAGUUCUGAAGACAAGCCACCGUGCCGUGCAAUGAUGUACGCUGGACAAAAUGAGGUGCAAAGGACGUUCUUAGCGAUUGCCUUCCUGUGUAUACCCGUCAUGCUCUUCGGAAAGCCAGUUUACAAAGCGUUUUUGGCUAAGAAACGAAAGCAAUACCAGCAAGGUGUUGAAACAGGUGAAGACGUCGCAGAGAAGGAGGGACACGAUGGUGGAAUAGCUGAGGAGCUGAUCACUCAAUGUAUCCAUACCAUUGAGUAUGUGCUGGGCGCUGUGUCCCAUACCGCAUCCUACUUGCGACUGUGGGCACUCUCGCUAGCUCAUGCACAGCUCUCAGCUGUACUUUGGCAGCGUGUCCUGAUAAUGGGCAUGGGUCCGCCUGGUGUGACCUCCAUAAAACUUUACAUCAUAUUCGCCGUGUGGGCCUUCUUCACACUGGCCAUCCUGGUGCUCAUGGAGGGCCUGUCUGCCUUCCUGCAUACACUGCGGUUACAUUGGGUGGAAUUCAUGAGCAAGUUCUACGACGGUCAAGGGUACGCCUUCACGCCGUUCUGCUUCACUGAUAUCCUGGAGAACGAAGAAGAUGAUCAUAAACCAGCCACGGAGACCAAUGGAGGUCCACCCGAGUGA